ACUUGUGCUCCGAAGUCUUGUGGGUUUGUUUAUAUACAUCAUCCAUGUUCUGGAGGUUUAAAAUUAUUCUAAAUCAUUAGAGUACACCCCUAUGCCAUUGAAACGCAGAGAAAUUCUACAAGAAAUGCUGUACCCUCUGCAGAGUCUUUAACCCACCCCUCUAGUAUCUAUCAGCACAGCACAUCCUCCUCAGAGGCGUUCCUCACUGGGAAUGACCAAGACACUGUACCCAGUCACUGCAGCAGUGCGCUGGGCAUCAACCUUUGGACUAGUCUGUCAGGAUUUUGUUCUCCUUUUUUAUGAAAAUGAUCUUUGCCGAGUAUCUGGUUUUAUCUUCUUUAGUGCUAGGAGUGCAGUUAUUUCUGCACCAGACUCAGCGGAUCCAGUUUGUUGAAGUUAGUGAAACCGCAAAGAUCCACUGUUCUUCCACAGAAAAAUUGGAAGAAAGUAGAAUGUUUUGGUAUUUGAGAAGAGAAGGAGAGAAACCCACCUGCAUUAAGCGCUGUUUGGAUGAUCAAAAUGUAAGUAAGUUUGCUUGCAAACACAAGAUGCACAGCUCGACACUGGAAAUCCGCAAUAUCCAAAAGACUGAGUCUGGCAUUUACUACUGUGCAUAUAUAGACAGCAGCUACCUGCUUUUCGGGAAUGGAUCCACGCUGAUUGUUGGAGACAGUUAUACCAAGAGCAGCUGGGUGAUGCUUCUGGUCCCAUUUCCACAUGACAUUCAAGUCACUGGGACAGCAAAUCUGGCUUGUGUGAUCCAUGGAGUGUCCAGCCCAGUUCAUGUUUCCUGGAGUGUUUCUGGGGAGCUGCAGGAACAGGGGCUGACACGCUCAUUGAAAGCAAAGGAUGGAUCUUUAACCCUCAUAAAUCACAUCAGCGUCCCCAUGGACACCUGGACCAGUGGGAAGAAUUUCACCUGUGAAGUCAAAUUCAACUCUUCUGGCAGCAGUGUGAAGAAAAGUACCAGAUAUCCUGAAGCCCCUGCCAGCGAGUGCUCAUAUUACAUUGUGCCCCUUGCGGCUGGUGCUGGUCUGCUGCUGCUGGUGGUGUCUCUGAGCCUCGUCUGGACCCUCUGCCCUUCCGCACUAGGACUCAAGCCCAGGACCUCAGCACCCCCAGCUUCAGAGGAGCCCCAGGGUGGAAUCUUAUACGCUCAUCUGGAUUUUGAUUCACGGAAUCGCAAUGGGCGCACGAUGCAGCGAUCGGCCAGAGGGAAAAGCAUAAAACCCUGAACAGUCUAGUGCAGGGGAAUCCACACAUGGGAACUGAUGUCUGGUUCUCUGCUGAUCGGAUGUAGCAGCCGGAAGAAGGCUCUGCCUGUCUCCGUCUCCUUUCUUUUUUAUUUUCUCCACUUCUCUGUUUAGAAUAAAAAGCUCAGAAGAUCCCCACAGAGUCCAGCCUCAUCAGGUGGGAAAUCUCCUUUUAGGAUAUAAUAAUAAAGGCAUCAGGGUGUAGAUGACUUUACACGUCACGUGUGUAUUAGAUUGGAAGCUCUUUGGGGCAGGGACUGUCUCUCUGUUCUGUGUGCAGCGCCUAGCACAACGGGGCCUGGUCCAUAACCGGGACUCCUGGGUGCUAUGGUAACACAAUCAUUAUCAUCAUCCUCCUCCUCCUCUCGUCUGCAGAGGGACCCAGACACAGCUGAAUGGCUUCAGCUGCCCUGCACAGAGUGAGGCCAGGUGGGAGGAGCGUGAAGAGGGGAUGUGCUGCCCCAGUGUGUGCCACGGCUCCCCUGGCCCCCAGCAGACACAUGCUCCCUUUGCAGUAACGCUACAUGGACGUGCAAUGGGAUUGGGAAGGGGAAGGAUGGAUGCAGGAGCUGGGAGGGAUGGGAAUCUCUCCCCAGGCUAGGGCUGGAGCUGCUAGUCCAGUGCUUCCUCUGGAGCAGUGUUUCUCAAUGACCCAUCUGUGGACCAGUGCCGGUCCCUGAGAUCUCCCUGACACAGUUUAGGAAGGCAGCCAGGCGGUCCCUGGUACCCAAAAGGCUGAGAAACGCUGCUCUAGAGUCUGCUGCUUUCCCCCAAAGGCGAGAUCCACAGAGCCCUGUGUUCCAGCCCCUCUGCGCCAUCUAAUAACAACACGUUAUCAAUGACUGGCGCUCUCCUGGUGCCUGAGCCUGCACGCGCUGCCUGUUUACAUCACAACUUGUUAUUGUUCAAGCUGUCGUUCAAACUGUCACUCAUUAAAAAGAC